CAAACGUGUAGGAUUCAGUCAGUUUUCGACGCGCAUCCGUUACAGCACUAGCACGAUGUUUUUGUUGUUAUCUAUUGUGGCUUUUGGGUUAAUAUACUAUUUGUACAUUAAACCCUUAUGGUAUUGGAGAAGCAGAAAUGUACCAUACGAAAAUCCCCUUCCAAUAUUCGGGAAUAUGGUAAAACCUAUCUUUAGAAGGGAGCAUAUACUGUCAGUCUUAAACAGGAUUUACAGAAAAUUCCCAAACGCACAAUACUUCGGGUUUAUUAAUUUUCAUCAAACAGUAUUAGUUAUAAAAGAUCCAGAAUUGAUUAAAAAGGUAACUGUUAAAGAUUUUGACGUUUUUCCUCGUCAUAGAGCGAUCGCAAGUGAUGAUAUUGAUCCACUGUUAAGCAAAAAUUUAUUUUCGAUUCAAGACAUUCACAAAUGGCGUCAUUUCCGAGCCACAUUGUCACCAUCUUUUACAUCUAGUAAAUUGAGGAUGAUGUUCGAUUUGAUGCAAGAAUGCGCUCAAAAUUUUGCGAAUUAUUUUCUUCAAAAAGGAGACGAAAUCAUUGAGGUAGACUUGAAAGACGCAUGUCGACGUUUUGCAACUGAUGUUAUAGCAACUGCGGCUUUUGGAAUAACGUGCAAUUCGUUAGAAAAUCAAAAUAAUGAGUUCUACAUAAUGGGCAGGGAUGUCACUAACUUCGGUAGAAUUAAAGCUUUAAAGUUUUUCUUAAUUACUACCAGUCCCGCGCUUAUGAAGUUUCUACGGAUUGGGCUAUUCGGCGAUGAAGUCACAAAAUUCUUUACUAGAAUAGUGUCAGAUAAUAUACGGAUCCGCGAAAAACAGAAUAUUGUAAGGCCUGACAUGAUAAACCUUCUUCUGGAAGCAAGAAAAGGGAAAGCCAAGAAGGAAAGACCAGAACCUAAAGAUCAAGAAUUAGACAGUUUCGCAGCAGUAGAAGAAUCCGAAAUAAUCCAGAAAGAUGCUAGCUGGCAAAUGGAAAUCAGUGACCAAGAUAUAACAGCUCAGGCCCUUAUAUUCUUUUUGGGCGGUUUUGAGACGACUUCAACAAUGAUGAGCUUUGCAUUCGCUGAGCUUGCUGUAAAGCCUGAAGCUCAAAAAAAGUUACAUAAAGAAAUAGAUGAAGUGUUUGAAAAAACCGGAGGUAAAAUCAAGUAUGAAGACAUUCAACGAAUGAAAUACAUGGACAUGGUUACGUCAGAAACCUUAAGGAAGUGGCCUGCAUUUUUGGACAGAGAGGCUGUAAAACCAUACACUAUUUCUCAAGAUAACGGAAAACCACCUUUGAAAAUAAAAAAAGGAGAUAUUAUAUGGAUUCCUGUUUAUUCAAUUCACCAUGAUCCUAAGCAUUUUCCAAACCCGGAAAACUUCGACCCAGAAAGAUUUAGCGAUGAACGAAAACAUGAGAUAAAACCAUUUACUUAUCUGCCUUUUGGAAUGGGUCCCAGAAAUUGCAUUGGAUCAAGAUUUGCCCUUUUGGAAGCAAAAAUUGCCCUUUUUAAUAUCCUACGACAUUUUGAAAUUGUUUCUAUAGGUAAACAAACUGUGCCCUUUAAGUUAGAUGUUACCCAGAUAGGACCGAACCUUCGUGGAGAAUAUGUAUUCGGUCUUAAGAAAAGGAACCUGAAUGCAGUUAGUAAUUAACAAAAGACAAUGAAUAAAUCAAAUAUAGGUUAUAGAUACAUAAGAGAAUUGGGAAAUUGGCAGAACACGUAAUAUUUAUAUUCAUGUUUUAUUAAUAAAGUAGAAGCAAUGCUUAAGUUGA